UUAACUUUAGGAGAAAUACCAAUCAACAUUACUAUGUCUAAACUUUUUUGUGUAGCUCUUCUGCUAUUUGUUACGGCUUUUCUGACAAAAGAUGUAUACGCUGGUGGGGAAGGGUCACUUCGUGCUGAAGAUUGUAAAGCUGCAUGUGACGUUCGUUGUUCAAACACUCAAUAUAAGAAGGCAUGUUUAACAUUCUGCAACCUAUGUUGUGCAAAAUGUUUGUGUGUUCCAUCUGGAACAUAUGGAAACAAGGAAGAAUGUCCAUGUUAUAAUAACUGGAAAACUAAGGAAGGAGGACCCAAGUGCCCUUAAUAACAUAGAUCCUAGUCAAUACAUUUAUGUUUUAUUUGUUUUCGGUAGAAACUAUGUCUCAUCAGUGUGUAACUGCAUAGACUAAUUUCUUA